AAAAAAAACACACAAAUCAUAAUUUUUAAAUUCGAAUUUCUCUACUUUGUAUAGCUAACUACAUAUUUUCCGUAAGGCUUCAUAAUAUUAUCACAGAAUAUUAUUCUAAAAUCUAGUGUUUCAGCAUGUUUAAUGUUAUUGUUCGGCAAAAGCAUUUUAUUCGACAAAUAGCGUUUGUUCCCGCCUAUAAACCGCCAGACGAGAAGGAUUUUCAAAAACUGCGUAAUUUUCUUCAUAAGCACGAUAAGUUUCUCAUUUUAACAGGUGCUGGAAUAUCUACGGAAUCAGGUAUCCCAGAUUAUCGGUCUGAAGAGGUUGGUUUAUAUGCACGCAGCAAUCACAAGCCAAUUCAGUACCAAGAAUUUGUAAAGUACCCAAAAGUAAGGCAAAGGUAUUGGGCAAGAAAUUUUGUGGGUUGGCCAAAGUUUAGUUCUGUACAACCAAACUCUACACACUAUGCUAUUAGAGAAUUGGAAAAGGUUGGAAAGGUAACCACUGUGGUGACUCAAAAUGUUGAUAGGCUGCAUCACAAGGCGGGCUCACAAAAUGUCAUAGAACUUCAUGGAACUGGCUAUAUUGUGAAGUGUAUGAACUGCCCUUAUGAAAUAGACAGGUUUGAAAUGCAGGAAAUAUUACUGAAAAGCAACCCUAGUAUGCAGAGCAGUUUCAAUAUGAUAAGGCCAGAUGGAGAUGUAGAGUUAUCCAAGGAGCAGGUGGAGAGAUUUCGAACACCACUGUGUCCAGUCUGUGAAGGUCCUUUAAAACCUGAUAUCAUAUUCUUUGGUGAUAAUGUUCCCAAAGAAAGAGUAGAAAAAGUGAGAAACCAGGUAUCAGCCAGUGAUGCUGUUUUUGUACUAGGAUCAAGUUUAACUGUAUAUUCAAGUUAUAGAAUAGUUUUGCAAGCCAAAGAAGAAAAUAAAGAAGUUGCAGUCCUAAACAUUGGACCAACGAGAGCUGACAAUAUAGUGGAUUUGAAAAUAUCAACAAAAUGUGGAGAGAUUUUAACAGAUCUUACACAUUCACUAUGUACCUGAUAAGAAUAACUACCUAUAUCACCGAAUGAUCUACUUGCGUAACUUGCAGCAUUCACACCCCAAGCACUCCAAACCAUGUAGACUACAACUACCUCAAUAAAUUACAAUUAUUAUUAUAGCAAAAGGCAUACCAGUACCCUUCGCGUGCAAUAUAAUCCUAAUAAUAUUAUAAAUUAAAGUGUGGAUGUUUGUUACUCAAUCACGCAAAAACGGAUGAACAGAUUUGGAUGAAAUUUGGAAUGGAGAUAGAUUAACACAUAGACUACUUUUUAUCUCGGAAAAUCAAAGAGUACCCGUGGGAUUUUGAAAAAUAUAAAUCCGCGCGCACGAAGUCGCGGGCAUCAGCUAGUGAUGCUAUAAAGUCUAAAGGGGGCAGUCCCUUUAGACUGGACCCAUUUCUGUAACGCGUCUGGGGUGUUUGCUGAAGCUCGCUAUGCCGUAAUAAUAUUUGUAAUAUUUUAUUAAUAAAACCAGUGACAUUGUAAUUAUUUAUUACUAGCUGA